UUUACAGGAGGCCGAGCCUGGGGCAGGGGCGCCGGGACGGAGCCGCAGAGCCCAUGUGCCCGCAGCCCCCACCGCCUAUGGAGGUGAUGGAGGGGCCCCUCAACCUGCUUUGAGUGCAGGGAGCUCUUCAGGAUCGUGAAGAAAAUGAAAAGCUGUUGGGAGCUAUAGUCCGUCUUAUACCAUCAGGUCCCACAAGAGAAGUGUGUGUGUGGUUGAUCUCACACAUUGCUUAUGAGAAGAUUCCUGGCUCUCACAUUAGGACACACAACUCCACAGUUCUGGAGGAUUGUUUCCAGGAGCUCAUGGCAAUAUAACCACUGGUGGCUGGUUCCUUACACCAGCAGUGCUGUUUUGGCACUGGUCUUGGACCACUGCCCUAAGACACUUGUUUGCCACUGCAAGUGUGCUCAUCAGCAGAGUAGAAAAGCAGACCAGUUGUUGGCAGCAGGGAAAUACGAAGAAGCAAUUUCUUGUCACAAAAAAGCAGCUGCAUACCUUGCUGAAGCCAUGAAGCUGACACAAUCGGAGCAGGCUCAAUUAUCACUGGAAUUACAAAGGGAUAGUCACAUGAAACAGUUACUGCUCAUCCAGGAGAGGUGGAAAAGGGCAAAGAGAGAGGAAAGGCUAAAAGCCCAACAGAAUGCAGACAAGGAUAUAGCUGAACACCUUCAGACCUCUUAUAAACCAUCAGCUGAAGAAUCUGAAGACCAAAACAUAUUGGUUCCUGUUACUCAGAAAUACAGUCCUUCUGCAAGUAAGCAUCUACAGGAAACUCAGGGUGUCUUUGACAGGGAGCCAGAUACACUAUUAUUUCUGCUUCAGAAAAGAGAGGUGCAAAUGGAAGUGUGUAUUGGGAACAAAGCCCCAAAAGAUGACAAAACGAUAAUAGAGGAGCAGGCAACCAAAAUUGCAGAUUUAAAACGGCAUGUGGAAUUUCUUGUAGCUGAAAAUGAGAGAUUAAGGAGAGAAAAUAAACAGCUAAAAGCAGAAAGGAUUAAACUCCAAAAAGCUCCAGUAGAGAAGGAGUUGGAUGUAGAUGCUGAUUUUGUGGAGAAGUCAGAAUUAUGGGGUCUACAGCAGCAUUCAGAAACGGCUACUACUUCAGCCUCAACUUGGCAGAAGUUUGCAGCAAAUGCAGGGAAAGCUAAGGACAUUCCAAUACCCAAUCUUCCUCCCUUGGACAUUCCAUCACCUGAACUCCCUCUCCUGGAGCUCUCUGAAGAUAUACUGAAAGGACUUAUGAACAGCUAAAUGAAGACCAUAAGAAGUGCUCAUGAAAUGUAGUUAAGCAAAGUGAGAAAAGGGAAAACCACCAGGACAAUGAUGAUCGAAGGGCAGCCAACAUCUAACACAAUCCUACUGUGCAAGAAAAGGCAUUACAGCAACUGUCACUGUGAAAUACACUGAAUCAUAGAGCUUAAGGGUACCAUAAAUUGGUAAAUGCAAGCUCUUGCGUCUUUCUUCCGACGUUUCAAACCAAAUGACUGCUUGGAAAACAUUUCAAACACAAUCCUUCAGGGUUUUGAAGUAAUGCUACGUGUAAUAGGUAUCUAUAAUGCCAUAAACGAUGCAGAACUUAACUUAUGGUUGCCAGAUGGCUGCCACUUCAGCUUGAAAGAUGCUUUCUAUCAUUCAUUCAGAUUGUAAGCAUUUCAUUAUGCACAAUUUUGUUAAUGGAGAGGUGUAUAAGUUACACCAUAUCUAGAUGAAUUGAUGUGCCACACUCUUGUCUCCUGACAAUAUUAACCUCAGAUUAAUCAGGAGAAAUAUAUAAACUUUCUAUGAAGGAACCAAGUUAUUCGUUCUGUGGGGAAUUUUAGAUUGUUUACAUAACUAAUCAAGGUGCAUCAAAUUUAACUCUGGGUUUCUAUAUAAAAAAAUUACAUUGCUUAAAAAACCUGAGGAAAAAGUAUCAUGUUCUUCAGAGGUGCAUGAAUGGAAGUAAUGCUAGUGAGCAGUAUUUAAUUGCACAAAAAGGAAAUAUUUGUUUACAUCUGUAAAUCAGUCACUAAGCCUAUGAAAAUAAACUCAGUCGUAUUCAACA